CUUACACAUUUUCUCUAGAGGACGGCAAUCGUUAGAGCAGCGGCGGCCGAAGCAGCAACUGAUACUAUUCCUGGAACCAUGGCUGAGUAAGACUACUCAACAGGACGUGAAGGUGGAAAAGAUUUGCUCCAGUUAGUUAGUUCUUUGGUUUUCUGCGUCAAGCCGUGGACCUUCCGUUCGCGAGCUUUUCUCAUCAUGAGUGGACCCUUUGAUAAGAAGAUUAGCAGCAUUUUGACUGACAUUUCCAGCUCAAUCAGUUGCCAUGCGGGCACCAAAGAUUCCCCUACGCUUCCUGAAUCGUCCAUCACCGACGUGGGAUAUUACAGCACCCCACACACUCAGCAUGAAUAUUACCCCAGCCAGCCUUAUACUCAGCCUAUGAAUCCCUAUGCAUACCACCCCCAAUUUAACUUCAAUGGGAUGGGGGCGACGGGGACCUACUCCCCUAAAUCUGACUAUGCUUACAGCACUUCAUAUAGACAAUAUGGACCUUUCCGGGAUCAGCAGCUACCCAGUCAAGAAACAGCUUCAGUGAAGGAAGAACCUGAACCUGAAGUGCGAAUGGUCAAUGGAAAACCCAAAAAAAUCCGAAAGCCUCGCACAAUUUACUCUAGCUACCAGCUGGCAGCUUUGCAAAGGCGAUUCCAAAAGGCACAGUACCUGGCAUUGCCAGAGAGGGCAGAGUUGGCUGCACAACUUGGACUAACACAGACACAGGUGAAAAUUUGGUUCCAGAAUCGUAGAUCAAAGUUUAAGAAAUUGUACAAAAAUGGAGAGGUCCCCUUGGAACACAGCCCAAAUAACAGUGACUCCAUGGCUUGUAAUUCUCCACCAUCUCCUGCCCUCUGGGACAGUAAUACUCAUAAUAACCCAGCCAGCAGGAGCCAAAUCCCCCAGCCACUCUCUUAUAACUCUACCCCAAGCUACCUGGAAGAUCAUAAUUCUUGGUUCCAGCAUCAAAAUCUGAACGGGCCUCACUUACAACAACAGGGACCUCCGCCCACUUCUGGCUCUAUGCAUCACCCAUCUCCAGGGCCUCCUCCCAAUCCUGGAGCAGUUUAUUAACCUCCUUUCCCUCCUCAAUGAAACCAGUGGAGCAGGAAAAAUGGAAUGAGGGAGACAGAGAGAGAGAAUCAAACAGAAGGCAACAAGUUAAAACCCUUUGAUAUGUUUCACAGGACAUGUACACAUUCCAUCUCAUCUCAGGAACAAGUGAAUUGCAACAGGGCUAAGACAUUAGGGGAGACCCUUGGGGGAGGGGGUUUAAAGAAAUGUGAAAGGGAGAGAAACUACUUGCAGCCCAUGUUGUGUUUCAAUCAAAUUGAUUUCAUCAAGAGAACUCUGUUACCCACUUCUUGGAUGAUUUCUCUCUGGGUUAAUUGUUCCCAAUCUCCACUAUCAUCUGGGUGGCUCUCAGCAUGGUUAAAGAAGAGCUGCAUGGAAAAGGAGAAAAGGAGGGGAAAAUAUCCUUUUUUCCUUUUAUGUAUUUUGGUUUUGCUUUGUUCUAUUUGUUGGUGACCUCCCCAAGCAGAGUGGUUUUGAGAGGUAUCAACUUCAUGUGUCUUCUGAAAGAUUGUCUUCUGAUUGGCUGCAAAUAACAAUCAGUUAUUGAUGCCUAAGACAGGAAUAGCCUUGAACUGUUACUUAGCCAUGCAGUUGGGAAUGGGAACAAUGUAAGCUAUCCAACUCUUCCUCAUUUUACACACCAUCUGGGAAAUACUGUCCUACUGAAAAUUAUAGCAAUGUUCUACACAAUGAAAGGGAGAGAUAGACGUCAACAACUAUUAAUGUGAUAGAUUUUGUAAUCUCUUUAGGAUUAAAUUCACUUCAUAGUCAGGUAGAUGUUGUAUCAAAGUGGUCAGUAUACAGUAGUGCUACUGGCUAGCACAGAAAAAGGCUGUGGGAACCCGGAAAAAAACAAUACUGACCUUACCCAUGUUUAUUCUGAAUUUAUACUGAAUGCACUCUUUAUUGCCGAUUAAAAAAGAAAAAAAAAAAAGAAAAAGUAAACUUUUGUACUGGUUUUUCAUCUGGUGAUGGAAAAGAAAAAAGUGUUCUCAGUUCUAUACUACCUCCGGUUAAUAGUCUUGUCUUGAGUUUUUAGGUAGAUAUUUCACACCAUAAAAAUAAAUGAAGAAUUCCAAUACACAAGGGAACAAAAAAACAAACUGAUCUCCUUUAUAAUUCUCAGCACAUACUGUUAAACCAAGGGUUUUUGACAAUUUUUUAAAAAUAAACUCUAGUAGCCUGAUUUACUUAACAUUAAAUCACAACUCAUGGUUAACAAACCAGAAUUCCUGGCUUCAUUUAACAUGCUAAACCAGAGCCUA